GGAUUGGUCGGCUUGCGCAUCACGUGGUUCGCGACCGGAUGAUGGCGGGCGCUAGUGGAGAUUUGUGGGCGCUCUUUGGAGCUGGCGUCCGCGCUGCGCUGGAGGCUUGGCCGGCCUUACAGAUCGCUGUGGAGAAUGGCUUCGGGGGCGUGCACAGCCAGGAGAAGGCCGAGUGGCUGGGGGAUGCAGUGCAGGAGUACUUCAGCCGCAACGCUGACUUGGAGCUGGAUGAGGUGGAGGACUUCCUUGGGGAACUCAUGACCAACGAGUUUGAUACAGUUGUGGAGGAUGGGAGUCUGCCCCAGGUGAGCCAGCAGCUACAGACCAUGUUCCACCACUUCCAGAGGGGUGAUGGGGCUGCUCUGAGGGAGAUGGCCUCCCACAUCACCCAAAGAAAGUGCAGAGUCACAGCCACUGCACUUACGACAGCCAGAGAGACUGAUGAGGAUGAGGAUGAUGCAGACAGCAUGGAGGAGAUGGAGGUCACAGCUACAAAUGGUGGGGCCACUACAGAUGGGGUCUGCCCCCAGCCUGAACCUUCUGACCUGGACUCCCAGAAGGAAGAGGAUAUAGUGGAGGAUGGCUGGACCAUUGUCCGGAGAAAGAAAUGAGUGGGGCUGAAAAUGGUUUGGGCCCUUGUUUGCUAGUUGUUUGGAGACUUGUUUUAAGAGGCUUUUUUGGAGAGUUGUGGACCUCUUGACUGGUUACCUCACCCCACCUUCCCCCCCGCCCCACUCCCCUGUACAGUUCCCUCCACUAGAAGAAAAGCCCUAGGGUCCUUGGUUGUGGGGUGGUGGGACCUGAUCCACUGGACCCCCUGGGCCUUAAGGUGCUACCUGAGCGACGAGGCCAGGUUUCUCAGCACAGUGCCUGUUGGGGGCAGUCAGUGUGGAAGAGAGAGAGAUGAGUGAGUGUGAGUGGGUGGAGGAGCAGCUAGGCACUGGUUGACUGGGUAGGUAAGUUGUGAAGGGAGAGGACCAGCGGGAGAACCUAUACUCAGUGCUAGGGAACUGGCUGAGUCAGGAAUGGUGAGAUGAACAUGCAAAUGAACGAAUAGUUGUAGUAUGCCCUGCCCAGAACUUGGAACCUCCCAGGAAUGCUCUCUUUCUGCAGCCCAGCCUCCAGCCCUGGAUUCCCUCAGGAAUUCCAAGACCUUGGUGAGAUGGAGAGCUUAAGAGAGCUGGGCUUUGUCUUCUGUCUCCUCCGACCCCUCCCCCCGCUCUUCAUCCCAUCCCAGUUAAGUUUAGGAUGAGGCUUAAGAAUUCAAUAAAUACCUUAUUGUUUAAUUUGUGACUUGGCCUGUGAGUAGCCUUGGAAUCAGACUUCUGGAGGCUGAGCUUCAGAGCUCAGCAAGGGAGCAGUUUCUGGGCCCACCAUAGCAUCCUGGUGCUUUGAACAAAUAGAUGGACAAAAGGAGCAUAGAAGUGCUCUGAAACUUUCUGUAAGCCUGAAAUAAACUGUAUUUUUCUUUAAAAACAAAACAAA